AUGACACAGAGCAGCCAAGAAGCGGCUGCACGGUCGCGUGACGGAGUACCUCAAUGGGAUGGCAACAGUGCGACUUUUGCCCGCUAUGAGGAAGAAGCCCUCCUAUGGCAGGAGGGGAUCGCUUGGCACAAGCGCUACAUGCUGGCGCCGAAGUUGCUGGCAGAACUCCAAGGAGCGGCACGCCGCAUGGUGGUGGGGAAACCGCCAGGCUGGGUGUCGUACCAAGGAGGAGUGGAGGUGCUUAUGAAGCAUCUCCGAGAGUGCCUGGGAAAACCGCAGAUGUCGGAAUUGUCGGAGUACCUCAACAUGUACUUCAGGAAUUCGCGGCGGCGCAGCGGCGAAUCCAUGAAUGAGUACGUGACCAGGAAGAGCGAGAUCUAUCUCAGAGCCCAGCAGGCCCUGGGAAGAGUCCGACCCCAGCACGAGGCCAAGAGCACACGUGGCGUGACAGAGCCCACGGCCCCUACUACGAGCCGCCGCUCCAGCUGGACCUCCGAAGCCACGUCCACCACUGCAGCUGAGGACAUGAGGAGCCCGAUGAUGAGAACGCUGACCAAGGGGACGGCAACACUCAUGCUUGGCAGACCGGGUGGAGUGGCGGAUACGGGACCAGCUACUACGGAUCGUGGUAUGGCUAUCAGGGAAGUCCCUGGUGGCAAUCCGAGCACCCAUGAUGGUCAUCGGGCCGGGGCUACGGAGAUCGAGGCGGACGCUGGACCGGACAGACGCCCGCGAUGGAACUUCUUCCAGAAUGGGUACAAGGAUGGUACCUGUUGCAGGAUGCGAACCUGA